UUUUUAAUCUCUGCUAUCAGUUCAUGAUACAUACACCAAACAUUUUUUUGUGCUUUGUGAAGUUGAUUUAAUAAUGGCGAUGAAGGAGCUGACAUUAUUUGUGGUGUGUUCGUGGUUUGUCAGUAUAACUGAACAAGAAUUCUUCUCAUCAGUAGAUCAAGUUUCACAACUUUUUAAUGAAGAGGAAAACCUUCUGGACACCUUUAGCUUUUAUAUUGAUGCUGAAGAGGAAAACCUAAAGAAAAUGAAGAGUCUUCUUCUGCUUCUUCAACUGGGAUCAUUCUCCAACCCACAGAGCCCCGAGGAAACCAUGAGAGACCCUGUGGCAGCUUUCAAACUCCUCAAACGACUGAGACAUGAAUGGGUGAAUAUUGCCAAAUUCACUCAGCAGAGUCUUUAUCAGGAUCUUUAACUACUAGAUUAUUCACUCAUCCCAGAGCUGGAGGAUAUAAACAGUGCUGCUUUAGGACUGAUCGGGCUGCAGGAGAUCUACAAACUCUACCCACACAAUAUAACAAAGGAAACACCUCUUAGUGCAGAUGAAGCCUACCAUAUUGGCCUGGUUGCUUAUAAAGAGGAUAAAUUCCAGCAUGCCUUUCUCUGGUUUUUGCACAGUCUAAACAGACUGACAGAUUUCUCAUCCACUACUAAGAAUGAUUUGCUACAUUUUCUUAGUUCCUCUGCCUAUCAGUUUGGCAGCCUACCUGUGGCAAUUUAUUUUGGCCAAAAGCUUCUAAAUCUGGAUCCAAGUAACGAAGAAAUUAAAGUUCGACUGGGCCUUUACAGACUCCUUCGUUUGCAGAGAACUUCAAACCCUGACAUUUUUACAUUGAACACACAGUCAAAUAACUCCUACGAGGCCCUGUGUAGAGGAGAGGUUGAUGAGAGGACCUCCAAGAGGCAGAGGGCGCUGUCCUGUAGGUACAGCACGGGUGGAGGAAACCCCAGACUGAUGUACGCACCAGUGAAAGAGGAAGAGUUGUGGGACGAGCCUAAAAUCAUCAGAUAUCAUGAUGUGAUCUCAGACACAGAGAUAGAGACGCUCAAGGAUAUCGCCAGACCUGAGCUUACUAGGUCUCAGACUGGAUGGGGAGUAAUUUCAGACAUUCGUACUUCUCAAAGUGUUUUUCUGGAUGAGUUUGGCACAGUUGCUCGCAUCAGUCAGAGGAUUGCAGAUAUCACAGGACUGUCUGUUGAAUCAGCUGAAAAUCUACAUGUUCAAAAUUAUGGGAUUGGUGGGAGAUAUACUCCACAUUUUGAUACAGGGGAUGAGGUGAAUGAAAGGACUGCUACAUUCCUAAUUUAUAUGAGUGAUGUGGAGGUAGGGGGCGCUACUGUGUUCACUAAUGUCGGAGUUGCUGUCAAGCCGGAAAAGGGUUCCGCCGUGUUUUGGUACAACUUACACAAAAAUGGAGAGCUGGAUUUAAAAACAAAACACGCAGGAUGUCCAGUUUUAGUGGGAAACAAAUGGGUGGCUAAUAAAUGGAUCCAUGAGUUUGGACAGGAGUUCAGGAGACCCUGCUCUUUGUCACAAUGGGAAUGAAAGACACUGUAACUUUGUAGAAAUCAUUUAAAUAGUGUGAUUGUAGAUAUCAUAUGAGCAUAUGGAAGUACUUCAAUUAUGCAGCGUGCAAUAACUGUAACCAAAGAGAAUGUGAACGUUGUUUUUCCAUGUAUGUAUUAAGUAUUCAAACUACUGUAGUUAGUGUAUUAACUUUUACUGCACAUUAUUUAUGUUUAAGUGCCAGUCAUGUUGAAUUAAAGUGCAAUAAAGUAAAGUGAGUUUCAAGAUAUACGUAAAACAGCACAUUACAUGAAGUGAAUCAGUCCUAAUAGCUAGUGAGAUAUUCCUGUAUGUUUCACAGAGAUGGGUUGCGGCUGGAAGAGCAUCCGCUGCGUAAAAACCUGCUAGAUAAGUUGGUGAUUCAUUCCGCUGUGGCGACCCUGGAUUAAUAAAGGGACUAAGCCUAAAAGAAAAUGAAUGAAUGAAUGAAUAUUCCUGCAUAAUGGACUGUGUUAUUUUCCGGAGUUGCAAUUAAAGCGUAUAUUGCACAUUUUCUUUUCAGUAUGAGUAGGAAUGAUGAUUUACAUGUUUUAUAGGUGUUGGAAUUGUGUAUUUGUGUAAUAAUUGUGCUUGUAAGCUGUAAUGUCUGAACAUGAAGUCUUAAACUUAAUUUUUUUUUUUGAUGAACUUCACAAGAGUCUGUAAACAUACUACCCAAUGUACCGUGCGACACUUUUGUUAUUGUUAUUUGUGUUUUUUUUCCAUCUCAUUCAUUCAUCAAUUUUUCUUCAGCUUAGUCCCUUUAUUCAUCAGGGGUCACCACAGCAGAACGAAACAAUCCUACACAUGCAUGGCAAACAUCCAUACACACUCCUUCACACACAUACACUAGGGGCAAUUUAGUUUAUUCAACACGAGGAGAACAUGCAAACUCCACGCAGAAAUGCCUACUGACCCUCUCAGGACUUAAACCAGUAACCUUCUUGCUGUGAGGCAACAGUGCUAACCACUGAGCCACCAUGUCACCUUUUUUCCAACUCAUAAUUUAUUAAAAGCUGCAAUAUCUAUCAAAUCGAUCAGUCAUCAGAUAUGGAAACUAGAAAUUUGAAGCUUUAUGCAGUUUGUCAUUGUCGCUUUAUGUUUUGACUACAAUAUUAUGGUUUAAACAUGAAAAUGUAAAUAAUACCACAGGCUGCAGUGUGACAGUGAAUAUGUUUUAUUACUUUACCUGAGUAACGGAAAACAAACAGUGGUAAAAUGUGUUCAGAAGUCUUAUCUUUCCAACGACAUUUAGGCAGAAAGUUGUUACAUGAGAUGAAACUCUCACAGCAACACACAAUAAACUAUUGUGCAAAUGUUAAAGACUACAACUGUGAAUGAAUUAAAUAAACUAACUAUUUAAGAUG